AUGUCAAAGCAAGAAGAGAUAACAACCGAUUUCAAGCCGAGUGAGACAUGGAGGAUCGUGAAAAACGUAAUCAUUAUCAGCUUAGCUUUUAUGGUUCAGUUCACAGCGUAUAGUGGUGCAGCUAAUUUGCAAAGCUCCAUUAAUGCAGAAGCUGGUUUGGGUACUGCCUCCUUGGCAGCUGUAUAUACAGGAUUGCUUUUCUCAAGUCUAUUUCUGCCCGUUAUCAUUAUCAAAUGGUUGGGCACUAAAUGGGCAAUGGUAUUGUCAUUCUUGUCUUACAUGCCAUACAUCGCAGCGCAACUGCUGCCGCGCUUCUGGACCUUGAUCCCCGCUGGCCUCAUUCUAGGCAUCGGUGCGGGUCCGCUGUGGUGCUCCAAAUGUACUUAUUUGUACGUGGUAUCAGUGGCUCAUAGCAAGAUUUCUAAAAUUUCAGCCGAAGCUUUGCUCAGUCGUUUCCUUGGAGUGUUUUCUAUGAUCUUCCAGCUGAAUCAAGUAUGGGGAAAUCUUAUUUCUUCUCUGGUUUUAUCAUCGGGCUACAACGAAGCUGCAGUAACUGCUUUAAACAAGACCCAGAUUCUGGAGUUUUGUGGCGCUAACUUUUUACCUAGCGCCGAUGCUGGCGAUGCUUUGCAAACUCAACCGCCUGAGAGGAUUCAAAUGAUAGCUGGUAUAUACUUAGCGUGUAUAGCUGGUGCUGCACUCAUUGUCGCAGUCGGAGUGGAUUCUAUGAAAAGGUAUGAAAAUGGACGCUCUGAGCCCGGCUCAGGUCAAUCUACCUUAUCACUCCUUGUUGUCACGAUGAAACUGUUGAUAGAGCCCGAUCAAUUGAUGCUUACCAUUAUAAGCGUAUUCAUCGGCCUACAGCAGGCGUUCUUUGGAGCAGAUUUUGCAGCUGUUACCGGCCGUUUACCCCUGUUGUGUACAGCUGCCGUAAUCCAGACUGGACUCUUCGUGGCUAUCUUAAUAUGGAAACCGCAUCACAACGAAGCGUACGUGCUGUACUCGAUAGCCGUGCUGUGGGGUCCGUGUGACGCUUUGUGGGUGGUGCAAAUUAAUUCAUACUACGGAGUUUUGUUCCCAGGAAGAGAAGAGGCAGCGUUUUCCAACUUUAUGCUAUGGGUAUCUGUGGGAUAUAUUAUUGCUUACAUCAUAUCCCCACAUUUGAGAAUCAGUAUUAAGACUUACUUAAAUAUCGCAUUGUUGAUAAUAGGACUCUCUCUCUACUUCGUUGUAGAAUACAGAGAUAGAAAAGCGAAGAAGUUAGAAGAGAAGAAAAAAGAAUUGCAUACGAUUGGUUGUGAUAAUAUCGCGUUUGAAAACUUAGAUUGA